UUGAUCACCAAAAUGUCUGUUUGACGACACCUUAGUGCUAUUUUUACAAGUCUAGUCAAGUCUCUCACUUCAAAUUGUUGACAAUCCACGUCAACAGAUACGGGAAGAAAAGACCAUAUUUUGGUCUUUAAGUUAAGAGACUAAAGUUAACUACAUUAGAAGAAAUUUUAUUUUGAUUCGUUGAAAGGAAAGGUAUUCGAGAUGCUGAAGGCUGUGAUAUUAAUUGGAGGGCCUCAAAAAGGUACUCGCUUUCGACCUCUGUCCCUAGAGCUUCCAAAACCUUUGUUUCCAGUUGCUGGAUUCCCCAUCAUCUAUCAUCACAUAGAAGCGUGCAGCAAGCUUCCAGAUAUCCAAGAUGUUCUGUUGAUUGGAACAUACCAGCCUAGUGACUCUCUCAAUAGAUUUAUCACAUCAACACAGAGAGAGUUCAAGUUUAACAUCAGGUACCUUCAGGAGUAUACAGCUCUAGGAACUGCAGGAGGGCUCUACCAUUUCAGAGACCAGAUACUGAGUGGACAGCCCAAAGGGUUCUUAGUCUUCAAUGGUGACGUGUGCUGCAAGUUCCCUCUGGCUGACCUGUGGGACUUCCAUGAGAAGGUGUCACAGGAUGUUCACUAUACAAUGCUUUCAACCGAGGCAACAAGGGACCAAAGUCUUUCUUAUGGAUGUUUGGUGGAGAAUGAGAAUACACAUGAGGUCAUGCAUUAUGUAGAGAAGCCACAGACAUUUGUUAGCACUGUGAUCAAUUGUGGACUAUACGUCUUUCCUCCAGAGAUCUUUCAGCAUAUUGGAAAAGCUUUCCAGCAAAACCAGGAUGAAGUACUCAAUGGAGACCCCUUAUUCCCAUCAAAGGACACAAUACGCCUUGAGCAAGACAUCCUAGCACCGCUAGCAAGCACAGGAAAACUCUUCACAUUCAAGACAAAUAACUUCUGGAGCCAAAUUAAAUCUGCAGGGUCAGCAAUCUAUGCUAACAGGUUAUAUCUUAGUCUGUACCAUGAAACACAUCCAGACAGAUUAUCCAAUCCUAAAUCAGAAACAGGGCCAUCGAUAAGAGGAGAUGUCUACAUACAUCCUACUGCUACCGUUGAUCCAACAGCUACACUUGGUCCAAAUGUGACAAUAGGAGCCAAUGCAACAAUUGGAGCUGGGGUCAGAGUCAGAGAAUCUAUUGUUCUAGAAGGUGCUACACUACAGGAUCACUGCUGCAUCCUGCAUAGUAUCAUUGGAUGGAACAGCAUGGUGGGGGCGUGGUCAAGAGUUGAAGGUACGCCCAAUGACCCUAACCCCAACUUAGACCAUGCCAAGAUUGAUAGUGGUACACUCUUCAAUGGAGAAGGAAAACUCAACCCAUCUAUUACUAUCUUGGGUACCAAUGUGAGUAUUCCCCCAGAAGUAGUGGUGCUGAAUGCAAUUUUGCUACCAGAUAAACAACUCUCAUCCAGCUUCAAGAACCAGAUAUUGCUCUAAAGUACAGAUUUAGUACUCCCAUAGUGGAAAUUUUGCAUACAUAAUGUAAAUGGAGUGAUCAAAUAAGGUAAAAAGGUGAAAUAUUCAAUAGAUAAGUGCAUUAAUUAUAGUGAGGAUAAUAUAGAUGAAUUUAUUUUGUCAAGAUACACAAAGUAAAUGUUUUCAGAAUUUACAACCGUUG